GCUACCUGUCCUCUGUUUCUUCUCUCUCUCUCUCUCUCUCCCUCUUGUGUUGAUGGAUGUGAGUUGAAGGAAUGACCCGUGAACUCUCUCUCCCAUAAUUGACCUCACUUUCCACACCAUAAUCAAUACUCAAUAAUCAAUUGCUCCCUAACUAAAUACUACAUAUAUAAACCACAACCAGCUGUGUUACUUGUUAGUCCCAAACAGCAUUCUUUUCCUUUCUUCCCCACAAUUCUCUCCCAGAAAUGUCAAAUUUUCAUUCCAUUUUCCAUGUGACAUUACUCUUUCUUCUUGUUCUGCAAAAUCCAAGAGCAACAGAAUGCCACACCAAGGGAAUUCGACCGGGGCGUUCUUCUGUGGGGAGUGUGAUUCCCAUAAACAGAACACGAGCCCAAUUAUCAGAAGAGCAGUUCAUGAGAUGGGUCAAGUUCGUCGGUGGCCUCAAACACUCUGUCUUCGGCAUUGCCAUGAACAAGCUCUUCCCUUCUCACACACUUCACGUUUCCAAGAAACACGGCAAAGGAGGCUUCUCUUCUAUUCAAUCAGCCGUUGAUUCUCUUCCAUUCAUCAACCUUGUUAGAGUUGUAAUUAAGGUCCAUGCAGGGGUUUACACAGAGAAAGUUAACAUUCCACCAUUGAAAUCGUUCAUAACGAUAGAAGGAGAAGGCGCAGAUAAGACGAUAGUUGAAUGGGGUGAUACUGCUGAUAAGGCGGCACCUGGGACUAAAGGGCAAUUACUAGGAACCUUUGGCUCUGCCACAUUCGCGGUGAAUUCAGCAUACUUCAUAGCGAAGAACAUCACAUUCAAGAACACGGCACCCGUUCCGAGGAACGGAGCAGUGGGGAAGCAGGCAGUGGCGCUGAGAAUUUCAGGAGACACAGCCAUGUUUCUUGGAUGCAAAUUCUUGGGAGCACAGGACACACUGUAUGAUCACCUUGGGAGGCAUUACUACAAGGAUUGUUACAUUGAAGGGUCCGUUGAUUUCAUAUUCGGCAACGCGCUGUCUUUGUUUGAGGGGUGUCACGUGCAUGCAAUAGCACAGAAUGUAGGGGCAGUAACAGCGCAAGGGAGGAGCAGCAUAUUGGAGGACACGGGGUUCUCAUUUGUGCACUGCAAGGUCACGGGGUCAGGGGCUCUGUACCUUGGAAGGGCAUGGGGUCCCUUCUCUCGUGUUGUCUUUGCUUACACCUACAUGGACAAUAUCAUCAUUCCCAAAGGCUGGUAUAACUGGGGUGACCCCAACCGUGAAAUGACUGUAUUCUAUGGGCAAUACAAAUGCACAGGACCUGGAGCAAGCUUUGCUGGGAGAGUAGCAUGGUCAAGGGAACUCACUGAUCAGGAAGCUAAACCAUUUAUUUCACUUGCCUACAUUGAUGGCUCUGAGUGGAUCAAAUCCCUUUUUUGAUUGCCUUCUAUAAUCCCUCCACCACUACAAUUUUUUUAUGUAUAAAUAUAAAACAAUUCGAUAGUGCCUCUAAGUUUCAGAGUCCCUAAUUUCAUUGCACGUUUAGAUUUCUGUGUGAAAUUUUAAUAAUCACAUUUUUAAUCUUUUACCAACUAUGGAGUUUGGACUCUGGAAUUUUCAAAUGAAAAAUAAAAGAUGCCUCUUAGAGUCACUGACGGACUCAUUUGACUUGGCAAUUCUCCACCGCUUCAUGAUUAUAUAACGGAAUUACAACUGGCACCCAAGAACUAUAUUCAUUUCCUAUUACAUGAAUUGAUUCAUUCAUUCAUUCAUUCCUAAA